UGAUGCAGAUAAUGAAACUACUGAUGUUUGACGACUUCUGAGUAUCUGCCAGACUGGGUUCAUUACAAUUUGGUAUCGGAGCAACUUCUUCAUCGCAAUCUGUUGUCUGCUGUCAGGUGCUGACGUGGCACCCAGUGUGACCGUGGAAUUUAUUAUUGAUUCCUUAUUGUUUAUUUAUUGUGCAGUAAACACAUCUGAAGAUGUCUUACCUUUGGAAUUCUCUGCGUCUCUCCAUUCUGACUCGCUUCAUUCCUCAUCUUUUCCUACCUGUCUCUGUCACCUUCUUCGCUGAUGAGGAAGGCGAAAUCCGAACACGUACCCAGAUCGAAAACAGACGGCAGCAGAUGCUGAGCCGUCUUCAACAGCUCCUGACUGAGUUGCACGACGCGGGACCCAUGGCUGAACAGCACGUACGCAGCCAGUUCGAUCUGCAUGCGGCAGAAACCGAACUCAAGGAGGCUGAUACGGCUGUUCAGAUGAUGGAGGCCAGUACGAGGGUGCAGCGGACUAUUGACCAGGGCCGAAUGGCCCUUGAUCAAUAUGUCGCCGAGGAGCUGGCGAAGAUUGCUGCAGGCGAGCCGAAAGAAGGACGGGAAGAAGAAAGAAGGGAAGGAGUAAGAAGGCCAGAACUGAAUGAGGAUACAAUGCUGGCAAACAUUAGACAAUUGGAAGAAGCUUUGAACGCGGAAAGAAAAAGAAUGGACGAGUACCAAAGGAUAAAAAUCGAGAGAGAACAGCGAGAAAGAAACGUGGAAGAGAUUAGACAACAAUUUCACAUUGAAAGAACAGAAACUGAUCUUGCACCUGUUCUUGACAACUUGAUGGCCUAUCUUGCACACCUUGAAUUGAAGAUUGAUAAUAACACCGCCACAUUGGAGUCGGUGUUGAGACUAGUGAAAGGGAAAGGUAAAGUGUCAGUUGAGGAGGAGGCUAAAGGGAAAGAAAAGAAAGAACCUCAAGAGAAGUUGUUGAAAGGUGCAAUGAAGAGGACGACGCUGGAAAAGUCUGAAGGCUCCAAGAGGGAACCAGAGGAACCGGCAGGGAAGAAGGAAGUACCCACCGAAAAGAAAGAAGAACCGGUGAAAGAAGCGCAAAAACCAAAGAAGAAAGAAAAGGUGAAGAUGAAACUGUCGUUUACCUACAGUAACAAAAAGGAAGAAAAUCUGUUGUUGUGGAUCGCCGAGAUACAGACUUAUUGUGGCACUACACCCGUUGAGCCUGAAAGUCAGGUUGCUUUCUCCACGUCUUGUCUAGGAGGAGUGGCCAAGAAAUGGGUGCUGGCCGAAGCCAACGCCGUACCUGGGUUGAAUCUUCAAGACAACCAGGUUCUCUAUAUCUACUCACACGCUUUGCCCGAGCCCAUUCGUGGACAGCUCGUGGCAGAAUCAAAGUCUGGCAAGUACAAUUAUCAGCAGCUCCGCGACCUCGCUCUCCAGAGAAAGCAGAUGACCGCUCAGGUAAAGGGGUCGUACGCUUCGGUAGUAAAAUCGGGAACGGUUGGUGGGUAUGGGAAGCGGGUCCUCUGGCGACGAAAACGCCAAGACCAUAUGCUCGUAGUCUUCGACGAUGACACCGUAAAAAAGUUACCCCUCGAGGACUCUGAGGGAGGAGGUGGUACGGGCAGCAGUGAGUCCGAGAAGGGUGACGUCACUGCUGUCGUGGCCAACAAGGAAGGCCAGAGUCAGUGGAAGAAGAGGAGGAGGCCACGAUCGUUCCUUGAGCAUCCCGGCAUAGCGUUCGGGAGACCUUAGGAGAAGAUGAACAUGACACGAGAGGAGUGGCAGUCCAAAAUGGACAAUCGCCAAUGCCUCAAGUACGGUACCGUGGGGCACGUGAUAGCCUGGUACCCGCUUAUUCGUAACCCAAAAGCGAGCAACCAGUAGGAGUAGCAUCUGCUCCUACUGAGUCGAAGGGAUUAGACGAAGACAAAGGAAAGGCGCCUAUAACCCCUUCUACUACUUCGACUCUCGAGGCAGAGGAUGACUCUUCUUCCGCCCGUCGUCCAGACCACCCUGACACAGUACUUUGUUUUGUUUCACUGGACAAUUCCCUUGAUGAGUUUGGCAAUGAACGCAUAGCACUACG